AUGGCCAAGGCAACGGCAUCCUCGACCGCGCCGCCGGCCUCGGUCCUCUUCGUCUGUCUGGGGAAUAUCUGCCGUUCCCCCAUGGCUGAAGGCGUCUUCAGGUCCAUCUCUGCUCGCCACGACCCCUCUCUGAUCGGCAACAUCGAUUCCGCAGGCACGGGCGCCUAUCACGAGCUUGACCCCCCGGACUAUCGCACCAUGUCGACAUUGCGCCAGCACGGAAUCACAGACUAUAACCACUCCGCUCGCAAGAUCACCAAGGACGAUUUCCGUAACUUCGACUACAUCCUCGCCAUGGACAAAAGCAACCUACGGGACCUGCUGCGCCUUCGGGAUAGCGUCGCACGAUCGGGAGGGACACAAAAGAUCGCUGAAGUGAGACUGUUUGGAGACUUUAAUCCCGACGGGUCGGUUAACUCUCGAGUCGGCGGCGGUGAAGAGGUCGAAGACCCAUACUAUGGGGGUAUGAAUGGGUUCGAAGAGGUGUACCAACAGGUUACAGAAUUCUCGAAGGGGUUCUUGGCGUAUUUGGAGAAAAAGAGGGGCAGCGCUGAGGAUUGA